CCGCAGAUCUUGCGCGUGCAGGUGGAAUAAGAGUGAUUAUGUAUAUGUAUAUACUGUCUAUCAGCUGUUUAUACAUACUCGUGCAUGUGUGCCAACUCAUACUCGCUUUUGUGUGUAAUUUAUCGUCUCGCGAUUCCAACUUUGCCGCUGAAAACUUGCUCGAGUUAAUCAGUUAUUGGACGUUACAAAUCAAAAAGUCAGCGCACGUAUAAAGCUAAACACGGGAUGACAAACUUAUCAACACGGCUGGAAUCGGUACCUAGUUGAUGAAUGGUGGAAGACGGCGUUUUUGGCCCUGUAGGCCAAAUCAUCAUCUACAGCACCAUCGCAGUGACACUAGUGAUUGCCUUACUCAUUAUAGCCUGCUUCGUUACACCUGGAUGCAUUGGCUACGAGUGUGUGAGACCAAAAAAAAAACAAUCUGUCACAGACGGGAAUCCUAACGAUAAAAUCAACGAAAAUCUAAAAUUAAAUGAUGUCAGCUAUCGAUCUUGGCGAGUUGGAAGUUUAUAUGAUACUGAAAGUGGUACCAUAUUCGAAAAUUCAGUAUCUCCCAGGCAAUCAAUAAACUCUAAUGACAGUCAAAUUGAAGCGUCUGAUCCGAAUUCCAUUGCAAGUGUAACUCUUCCAUCAAAGCAAAAUGUAAAAGAUACAGACUUUCCAACAGAACUAACUCUUAGCCUCAGAUAUUUACCUUAUUGUGAAGGAGUCACAGCUUCAAAGUUUGUUAUUGGAGUCGAGACAUUGUUAGGACUUCCUCCAAAACAAUAUAAUUGUACUUUAGAACCUUAUGUGACAUUAGAUUUAUAUAAACAAUCUUGGACGAAUCGGAAAAAACAAAAAUUAUAUAGCUUUAAAACCAAAGGAGUCAAGCAUACUGCCAAUCCAGUUUUUAAAGAAUCUUUUGUAAUUUCGGGAGCAAAUCCACAAGACAUAAAAGAGUGGAUGCUCAACAUUGAAGCCUAUGACCAUGAUCGUUAUGCUAAUCAUACUAAAUUAAGCGAGCUUCAAGUUCAAUUAAAGGACACGAAGAGAAUAUUUCUUUCCCCGGAAACUCAUCUUUUCAAUUUUCAAAUGAAAACUUCAAAACAGGAGUAUGGAAGUAUACUACUUGGAAUAAGCUAUUUACCAACGGCACAACGCUUAUCGAUAAAUGUUAUGAAAGCACGCAACAUCAAUUUUAUGCCAACGAUACCAAAUAUUCAAGAAUUCAACCCUUUUGUUCGGAUUUUGAUGUUAAAUGGACGUACCAGUAAAAGAAUAAAGAAAUUAAAAACUAAAGUUGUUCCAGCCGUAAGAGAACCUGAAUUUAACGAAACUUUAACAUUUGAUUUGCCGCCGAAUAAAAUAGAUUCGCUACAGUUCCUAAUAAUUUUAUGUAGCAAGUCAAAAAUAGAUACGUCUACCAUGCCUAUGAUGAAUGAAUUACCUAGUGAUAGCGAGGAUUCGGUCGUUUCAUUUCAAAAAGCCAAAGAUGUUUGUAUAGGAAAAGUUGCUCUUGGCAAAGGAGUUCGUGGUACAACGGAAAGACUGCACUGGUUUUCUAUUUUUCAAAAUCCCAGAAAACUCGUAACAGUGUGGCAUAGCCUCAAAUGAUGAAUACCUUUUCCUCAGUAGCUUUUUUGAGCAUAACAAAUGCCAUACUUAUGUAAAUAUUAUUAAAUUUUUAAGUUUGAAAAAAAGUGUCAUAUAGUUUUAAUUUAUGCAUAUAACGUAAUAAUUCAUUUAGAAUUACUAAUAGAUAUCAGAAAAUAUAAUUAAAACGCAUAGUUAGAGUUGUCAUAAGCUUAUUUAAAUUUGGAAAUAGACAAUUUACAAAUUAUUUUGUUACAAGUAAUGAAAUAGUUUAAAAUUUUCUAUAAAAAAUGGUAUAAUUUAAAAAGCUCUCUUAUUCGUCCAAUAUUGAAAUUAACCCAUUAAUGCUCAAAGGACACUAUUUUGACAUAACAGUUUGAGCUAUUUUGAUGUUUUCUUUGAGAACGCACAAACUAAUG